AACGAGUAACACAGAGGAGCGCAGAGUCCCACUGAAACUUGAUGCCUCGUUUUACUGUCCACAUCCGAGAUGAGUGGCUGGCAGUGCCGUGCCGGGAGGCCACUAACACCAUCAGGUGGCUCGGACACGAAGCACUCAAACGUUAUACGAAGAACAAACCAGACAAUGGUGGCAUCACUUCUGUGAAGGACACUCGUUUUGUUGUGCGCAGGUGCCAGGGUUUGGGCUUGUUGGACGCAGAUGACACCAUCGAGGAUGUGCUGGAGGAUAAUGACUUUGUUGAACUCGCUAUUGAAGGGGAUACAGUGUCUACUGAUUUUAUUCCAUGUGAGCCUGGAGUUUCUCACCUUACAGCCGCAUACAAAGAACCCAAAGAGGUAAUACAUUACUUGGAUGGUUACAGCUUAACAUGCACAGAUCUGGUCAAUUUAGGCAGGGGACUCUACAAGAUAAAGCUGACUUCAGAGGCAGAACAAAGAGUUGUGCAAUCCCGAGAACUCUUGGACACCAUUGUCAAUGACAACAAAGUUGUUUAUGGAAUCACAACAGGAUUUGGCAAAUUUGCCCGAACCGUUAUUCCUGUCAGCAAGUUAAAGGAACUGCAGGAGAAUCUGGUGCGCUCACAUUCUGCAGGUGUGGGGAACCCACUAAGCCCAGAGAGGACCCGUAUGCUGCUGGCUCUGAGGAUCAAUGUUCUGGCCAAAGGGUACAGUGGAGUUUCAAUGGAAACCCUUCAUGCUAUGGUCCAAGCAUUCAACUGUUCUUGCCUGUCGUUUGUCCCAGAGAAGGGAACAGUGGGUGCAUCUGGAGACCUGGCACCUCUGUCUCACCUCACCCUGGGGCUGAUGGGAGAGGGUAAAAUGUGGUCUCCCCAAAGUGGAUGGGCAGAUGCCAGAUAUGUCCUCGAAGCACAUGGACUAAAGCCUGUAUCACUGAAGCCCAAAGAGGGCCUUGCUCUGAUUAAUGGGACCCAGAUGAUUACUUCUCUGGGGGCAGAGGCUGUGGAGCGAGCUCAGGCGAUUGCCCAGCAAGCAGACAUCAUUGCAGCUCUCACUCUGGAGGUUUUGAAGGGAACCACGAAGGCCUUUGACAGUGACAUCCACACACUGCGGCCCCACCCAGGACAGAUAGCGGUUGCCCAGCGCUUCCGCUCACUACUGGACUCUGACCAUCACCCUUCCCAGAUUGCAGAGAGUCACCGAUUCUGUGACAGAGUUCAGGAUGCCUACACAAUGCGGUGCUGUCCUCAGGUGCAUGGAAUUGCCAAUGACACUAUCGCCUUUGUCCAGAACAUCAUCAAUACAGAAAUCAACAGUGCAACUGACAACCCUAUGGUAUUUGCUGAGAGGGGAGAAACCAUUUCAGGUGGCAAUUUCCAUGGAGAAUAUCCAUCUAAGGCUCUGGACUUCUUGGCUAUUGCUGUUCAUGAGUUGGCGUCCAUCAGUGAGAGGAGGAUUGAGAGGUUGUGUAAUCCUUCUUUGAGUGAGCUGCCUGCCUUCCUCGUCACUGAGGGUGGACUUAACUCUGGGUUCAUGAUCGCUCACUGCACCGCCGCUGCUUUGGUUUCAGAGAAUAAAGGUUUAUGCCACCCAUCUUCUGUGGACUCCUUGUCCACCAGUGCUGCCACAGAGGACCAUGUGUCAAUGGGAGGUUGGGCUGCUAGGAAGGCUCUGAGGGUCGUGGAGCAUGUGGAGCAAGUUCUUGCUAUAGAGUUGUUGGCAGCCUGUCAGGGUAUCGAGUUUCUACGACCACUUCAAACCACCACACCUCUGGAAAAGGUCUAUGAACUUGUGCGCAGUGUGGUUAAGCCAUGGAUUAAAGACAGAUUCAUGUCUCCAGACAUUGAGGCUGUUCAUCGUCUCCUACUUGACCAAAAGGUGUGGAAUGUGGCGAAACCUUACAUUGACAAGUAUCAGUCAGAGUACAUCCCUGAAUCCCGUCCCGUCUCCCCUACUGCCUUCUCUUUGGAGGGUCCAACAUCGCCAAAAAAACGUGUUCGUCACGACGAGUGAAUGCAUUCUCCCCAACGUUUGUGUCAAGAUGACAAAAAUAAAUGUUCUCAGAAAAUAUGUAAUAUAAUAUAAUUCAUAGCUUUAUAGACCAAAUGUAUGCAUUGAUUUGUUUUCUGCAAAGUUUAAAUGGUUUAGAACGUGCUUGAUUGGGGAUGUAGGGAUACAGUGAAGAAUUGGAUAUAGUAUAACUGUUGCUGUGUUCACAAUUGAUUAUUUGUUUGAUGUAUAUGUUUUAUAUGCUCUGGAGUAAACCUGUACAGGACAGCUAUAUUUAUGUAAACUUUUGUUGUCCCUUUAAAAUGUGUCAGAGUUGUUUUAUUCCUCAUGACUACCUCAGCCAUUGUACAAUUUUCAUACCUAAUCUUUCUGACACACAUAAGUAUUCUAGUGAUUAUACUGUGUAUUUUUGAUUUUGUGGAAUGAUAACACAAAAACUUUAUUCCACUCAUGAUUAGUGUUUGGGUGAAGCCAUUUAUUGUCAAACAACUGUGUUUACUCUUUUUAAAUCAUAAUGACAACAGAAACUACCCAAAAUGACCCUGUUCAAAGGUUUACAUACCCCUGUUCUUAAUAUGGUGUAUUGCCCCCUUUAACAUCAAUGACAGCUUGGGGUCUUUUGUAGUAGUUGUAGAUGAGGCUCUGUAUUUUCUUUGAUGGUAAAGCUACCCAUUCUUCUU